UUUAUGUUACACACAUUGAUCGUUGCGUCUGGACAGUUGAUAUUUAUUUCAUUUCCUUUGGCAUAAUUAAUAAGUGAUUACGAAUCAAUUAUGUCGAAAUUUAUAUUAUUAGGACUAAUUUUGACCGUGCCUAGUAUUUUUGGUGAAAAAUUUCGUUUUGACAACUACGCCUUGUAUAAGAUUUUGCCGAAAAAUUUGGGGGAAAUAAAGUUUUUGCAAGGUUUAUAUGAAAGUGAUAACAGAUUUGAUUUUUGGACGGUCCCUGGACCGUUUGCUGAGUUUGUGAAUGUGUUAUCCAGUCCUGAGCAUAGAAAUGAUCUCGAGACGUUUUUGGUAGCUCAUGAUAUAGAUUACGAAAUACCACAGUUUAAUCUUCAAGAUGCUAUCGACCGAGAAGCAGUAAAGCCAUACGUGAGAAGCGAUUUAACAACCAUGGGCUGGGAUUCCUACUAUGACUUAGACGCAAUCUACGCCUGGAUGGAUGAUCUAGCUAAAGAAUACCCUAGCAUUGUCACUAUUAUUAUCGGCGGCACCACCUUUGAAGGAAGGCAAAUAAAAGGCGUGAAGAUAUCCCACGGUACAGGAAGAAGAAUAAUAUUUUUGGAAGGCGGUAUUCAUGCUCGAGAAUGGAUAUCACCAGCAACUGUUACUUACAUCACUAAUGAGCUGCUUACCAGUGAUAAUGAGGAGACUGUAGCAGCGGCAAGAGAUUUUGAUUGGUAUAUCUUCCCUGUUACAAAUCCUGAUGGUUAUGUCUACAGUCACAGCACGUUCCGAAUGUGGCGAAAGAACAGACGUCCUGUCAGAGAUACUUUUGGCGUCGAUUUGAACAGAAACUGGAAUAACAACUGGCUAGUUGUUGGUGCUAGCAGUGAUGAAACACGAGAUGACUACGCUGGUCACGGACCAUUCUCCGAGCCGGAGACCAGAACUCUAUCAACUUAUUUAGCAUCUAUUGGUGACAAGAUCGAUCUGUAUCUGUCAUUCCAUUCCUAUGGACAUCUGCUCCUGUUGCCUUUUGGAAAUACAACGGAACCACUCGCCAAUUAUAAUGAUUCUAUGGCGAUCGGAAGACGAGCGAUGGGGGCUCUCUCCGUAAGAUUUGGAACUCAAUACAAAACUGGAAAUAUUGCGGAAGCCAUUUAUAAGGCAACUGGAGGAAGCAUAGACUGGGUCAAAGAAACCCUUAAAGUCCCUUUGGUCUACUGCUAUGAGCUUCGUGACAAUGGUACCGAGGGCUUCGUUCUCCCUCCUUCAGAGAUUAUGCCGAAUAAUCUAGAAGUCAUGGAUUCCCUAUUGGAUAUGAUUCUGCAAGCCAGGAGAUUCGGGUACAUGAGCGGUGGAUUCGAAGUCAGAGCUUCAUUGAGUGUUAUUCUAAUGGCCUUAUUAGCCAAGUGGCUGUACAAUUGAUUCAAAGAUUUCAUGCUAAGGAUUAUUUUAUAGAUUCGAAAAUAAACGACUUUUUUACUUUUGA